AUGACAGUAACACAAAUAAUCCACUUCCGCGCGCCCUCGGCCUCAGAAGCCGACUCACAAGCCCACACGGCCGUUAAAGCCCUCAAAGGCGCCAAAGCCCCCGAAAAUUACGUUCUAGGCACCCAGAUCCAGGACAAGCGUAAUCUGCAACUGACUUCGGAAUGGCACGACCCCAAAGCCGAGUCCUCAAAAGAAGCGGACAAAUACCGCGAAACCGUCAUCAAAACUCUCGGGAACCCUGAGAAGAUGUUUCACGUUUCAUUCAAAGAUGGAGACUCGGCUUUUGAUAACGGUGGCCCGUUAUCCUCGCCCUUGGUCGAGUUCGUGCAGAUCUACUUCCCAGCCAGCAAAGUCACAGAAGACUUCCGGAGUAAGAUUGAAAAGGAGUUCAAGAAGUUCGACGAUAUGUGUGCGAAGGUCGUCAAGGGUAAUGGUGGUUUAGCGUAUGGAUGGGUGCUGGAAGAGCAGGAGCACAAGGAUGUGAAGGAGAAGGCGAAGUGCUUUUUCGUGUCCAGAGGGUGGGAGGGCAUGCAGUAUUUUGAGGAUGUGAUAAAGACGGAGGAGUACAAGGAGGCUGUGCAAAUCCUGCUGGGGUGGCAGGCGCCGUGGGAUAUGUGGCAUGUCAAGAGGGAGUUUUAA